UUUUAUUUUUUUUUUUCUAAUUAAGUUGACACACGCAUUCAUUCUUGUAUGUGAAUAUAUAUAUAUACUGCAAUACUAACAAUUACUUGUACCACUACUACUACUACUACUCUUGAAGUCUUUAAUUAGAGAUAUGGCAGUCUCAUAUUUGGGAGUUUUUGUGGCAAUUUCGCUGGUUUUGGCAGCAAAAGGAGAUAACCAUGUUCCUCCUAGUCUAGCUCCUUUUUUCGAUGAUUUAUGUAAAGAGGUGGAAUGUGGAAAGGGAAGUUGCGAGGCAGCUCCAGGCUCUCCUUUCAGCUUCAAGUGCAAUUGCGACCAAGGAUGGAAGCGUACCCGUCUUGAGGAUGAAGACGACUUAGAAUUCCUUCCCUGCAUCAUUCCCAACUGCGACGUUGAUUACUCGUGUAUGCCAGCGGCCCCUCCACUCCCAGCAGUACCCCACAACUUAUCCGUCUUUGAUCCUUGCUAUUGGGUCUACUGUGGAGAAGGAACAUGCACGAAAAAUGAAACACGUUCCCACACGUGUCAAUGCGAUUCUGGCUACUCCAAUCUCCUCAACGUUUCUGCCUUUCCAUGUUACAAUGAUUGUGCUAUUGGGUCGAACUCGUGUGAAAGGCUUGGGCUGAAAGCUGCUAGUGCUACUUCAAAUCCAAAUGAUGACCAUAACCAAGGUACGAGAAAUUUAGUACUCACCCGUCCACAAAGAUUGUGUUUAUUACUAUUUUUAUCUAUCUAUAAAAGUUAUGUGUUUUCCUUAUUUAGAAACAUCUUUUAUAGUAUUUUAAAGUCCAUUCACACUCAAUAUUUACAAAAUACUCACCAUUUACUUUUACAAAUUGGUGAGCCCAAUACUAUUAUUUUAACACUAAAAUCACAUAUUUCAGCUUUUUUAUUAAAACUCAUGCCCUUCACUCCACCACACACUCUUUGUGGACGGAGGGAGUAAAAUUUUCAGAAAUACUUUUUAAGAAAAUAUAUUAUAAGGAUACAUUUCGAUCUAUUUGGAUGCUUGGUGCAUCUAUCUUAAUUAAAUUCUAGUUAUGACUAAUAAAUCUAAAAAAGUACUAAGUUCUAAUCAAAACUCAAAUUAACCCUCAAUUAAUUCACCCAACCAGUGCUUGCAUUGUAGUCAACGAUUUGUAGCGAUUUGCAAUUUAAUUUAUAACAAAUCUAUGCACCACAUUGUGGCCACCCAAAAACUAGUAUAAUAAGAAAAAUCUUGAUUUACUUAAUUUAUUUUUUUUUAAAUAAAAAUAGGAUUUAGUUAUUUUAUUAUAUUCUCUACAUUGUACUUAUUUUUAUAAUUUUUUUUUGCAUUUUUUAUUUUUUAAUAAAAAUAAAAAAAAUUACCAAAAAAUUGCAAAAACUUAACUACAAUAUAGAGAAUAUGAUAAAAUAACUAAAUCUUAUUUUAUUUUUAAAAAAAAGUUAAAUAAAUUAAAUUAUUUUCUAUUUAGAUCAAUUGUGGAUGACCACAAUAUAGUUGUUUAGCAUUAAUUAAUCUUUAAUUUAUUGUGAAAUUCGACCUCGAAUUAUUCCUAUUUAAUAUUCAUCCAUAAAUGUUAAAAAUAAGAAUGUGUGAUAAUUGGUGGAUCAAAUUUCAGCCUUCGUUUAUCAUGUACUAUAAGCUUGUUUCCCCCAAAAGAAUAAACAUUAAUAUGGAUUUAAUUGAUUUGAAACGGAUUUUACGUAAAUUCUGAGAUACAAAUGUUUGUUGUUUUGUACUUAUUUUAUGGGACAUAUACUUUUCAAAUUAGAUAAAAUUUAUACUAAUUAAGUAUUUUUAUUCUAAUUAUUAAAAUUUCUCCGAACUUACCCUUUCAAACUAUAUGAAUCAAAAGAUCUUAAUACAUUUCAAAAUUUUAAUUUUAUUUUGAAAUAUUCUAAAGUAAACAAUAAAUUAAUUUAUACAAGUUAAUAUUAAACAUCCCCUUCAACAAUGAAUUGAAAUGUCCCAUAUAAUUAUUUGGUUUUAUACUUGCAGCUAUAGCAUUCUCUAUGGGGAGGUUCAACUGGAUGGCAGUCUUACUUGCAACUGCUGCCGUGGCUUUCUGGAAAUAAGGGGUCGUGUCGUCACAUUGUAUUCCGUAUUUAUUCACAUUAAUUUCAUGAAUUUUAUUUUAUUCUGAUAUAAUUUAGAUUAUUUGUUUAAAUAAUAAGAACGGCAUGUAUUGUAGUCAGCUCAUUGAUGUACAAAAUAUAUAAAUACUUCUUGUUUUUUAUGUACUUAUUUCAAACA